UUUUUUUUUUUUUUUUUUUUGAUUAAUCUUGUUUCUAUGUUUUUAUUCAGUCUCAUUUCUUAAUACCAAAUCGACUAUAUUUUUAAGAAAAAUAAUGGAAUUUUGUGUGUUUGUAUGUUUUUGUGUGUGGAAGGUGUGUUUAUCGCAAGCAUCGUAAAAAAAUGAAGAUGCUUAGAUAGUUGUUGUUGAGAACUGGAUUCAUAUUUCGAAAUCCAGAAUAUUGUAAAUAUGGACCAUACCCAAUGUGUGUGUGUGUGUGUGUGUGCAUGUAUGAUGUGAGAGCCAUCAGCUCAAAUAACCAACAACAAACAAUAAUCACCAUAGAUACAAAAACACAUACACAAACACACACACACACAGACAUUUUAAACAUUGUCAUCAUAUUCUGGUUUCUGGUUUUUCUGGUUAUAAAUUCUGAGUCGUCAUGUUUGUAACGUUUGUCAAUGGUUGUGAUGGUGGCGGUGGUAUCCAAAUUGGUGGCCUACACACAAUGUGGAUUUUUCUUGCUCUUUUCGUUUGUAAAUAUUUUUUAACCGAACUGUAUCGUUGUUGGUCGGUUAGUCGAUUGAUCUAUCUGUCUGUUCCUGUUUGAUAUCUAAUAGAAUGGUAAAUUCUGACAAUCAUUCCAUUAGGAAUUGACGAAUUUAUCAAAUUCCUAUUUUAAAAAUCAUCAGCAUUAAAAAUGGAUGCCAAUCACCAACAACAACAGCAGCAGCAACAACAACAACAACAACAACAACAGCAACAGCAACAUCAAUCUUUAUUAUCACCUGGACACGUGGUCAAAGAACGAUGGCGUGUUAUACGACGUAUUGGUGGUGGUGGUUUUGGCGAAAUAUUCGAAUGUUUAGAUCUACAAACGAAUCAACAUGUCGCACUAAAAGUAGAAUCUACACGACAACAAAAACAGGUACUCAAAAUGGAAGUGGCUGUACUGAAAAAAUUACAAAAUACAUCGGCCAAUGUAUGCCGAUUUAUUGGUUGCGGACGUAAUGAACGUUUCAAUUAUUGUGUGAUGUCAAUGUUGGGUAAAAAUUUGGCCGAAUUAAGACGUUCAGUGGUACAAAUCAAUCAGAAACCGGCAUUUAGUCUUUCAACUGCAUUACGAUUAUGUCAACAGAUAUUACAAUCAAUACAGGCUAUACAUUCAAUUGGAUUUCUUCAUCGUGAUAUUAAACCUUCAAAUUUUGCAAUGGGACGUAGUGAAACUAAUUCCAAAAAAGUAUACAUGCUUGAUUUUGGUCUCGCCCGUCAAUAUGUCAUAUCGAAUACGAAUGAAGUACGUCCACCCAGAAUCGCAGCAGGCUUUCGUGGAACAGUGAGAUAUGCGUCCAUAAAUGCUCAUAAAAAUAAAGAAAUGGGCCGACAUGAUGAUUUAUGGUCAUUAUUCUAUGUGCUCAUUGAAAUGGUCAAUGGUUCAUUACCUUGGCGUAAAAUUAAAGACAAAGAUUCUGUUGGUCUAAUGAAAUCAACAUUUGAUCAUCGUCUACUGUUGAAACAUUUACCUCAAGAUUUUAAACAAUUUUUAGAACAUAUUGAAUCAUUGACAUAUACGGAUACACCCAAUUAUCAACUAUUAAAUUCAAUAUUUGAACGAAGCAUUAAACGACGCAAUAUCCGACCUGAUGAUCCUUAUGAUUGGGAAUUGAUUAGCCAGAAUCGUGACAUGAACAAUGAGAAUGAAAUUUCUGUCGGAUAUUAUUCUGACAAUAAUAAUAAAGCAAAAAAUAAUUUCAAUGCAAAAAAUACUGAACGUGCAAAUGAUAUAAUCAAUUUAGCCAAUUCAUCGAAUGUUUUAGCUACAGCCACCGGGAAUUAUGCCGGAAAUCAUGUAGCAAAUAAUAAUAAUGGCGAUGAUGGUGUAAACAAUAAAUCAUUGACAAAUAAAAUUAACAAUUUAAAUAUUGGUACAACCAUCACCAAUAACAAAGAUGUUAGUCUAGUCACACAAAUGAACGCUUGUGCUGAUGAUCUUUCAUUGAAGCCAAACACUACUGGUGAUCUGGAUAAUAAACGCAACAUUACACAGUAUUGUGUUUCUAACAUGUGGGAAAAGAGUGUGGCUAAUGAUGAAAAUGAAUGUAAUGAUGAUCAAGAUGAUUGUGAUGAUCAACCUGUAAUCGGUAUUGGUACACAUAAACCAAAUUCAUCUUCGUGUGGUGAUCCAAUACAAAAGCAACCAUCUUUAUCGAAUAAUAAUAAUAAUAACAAUGAUAUUGAUUUACAACAACAACAACAUCCACAAUCGAUGACAUCAUCAAACAAUAAUAUCAAUCACAAUCACCAACAACAGCAACGACUAUCGUCAAUGUUAUAUUAUGAUACGGCUGCAAUAGCAACAACAACAACGGCGACUACGACAACAACAAAUGGACAGAAUAAUAACCAAAGAUCGCCAUUGAAUAAUCCAUUUAUCAAUACUCAUAAUCAAGCAAUUGCUCAACAAUUAUCGACUUGCAAUAAGUUGAUUAAUAAUAAGAUCGUUGAUUCUAAACCAAGUGAUGUCGUUGCUGAUGACGAUAGUGAUAAUAAUGAUAAUAAUAAUAGAAAAUUCAUAGCAAACAAAAAUGAAAAUUCUACCAAUCGUUUGCCUUAUCAUCAUCAUCAUCAUCAUCACCAUCAACAACAACAAUCGCAAAAUUAUUGCAAGAAUGGUUUUAAUGACGAUAAUAACGGCUAUGUUAAUCAUCAUCAUCAUCAUUUAAAUGAUGUACAUCAUUUUAGCGGUGACAAUCCAGCUGAUUUACAAAAUUAUUGCCAUCCGGCUAUAUCAUCAAUAAAACCAUCGAAUACUUAUCCAAUUAUCAAAGAUUUGAAUAAAUUGCGAUCAAUGAGUUUACCAUCAAUGAUUGUUGGUCCUGUUGUCGAUGAUGAUGAGGAAGAGGAUGAUGAAGAAAAACCAAAUGAAAUUGAUGCUAACAUGAUGGAUUAUUAUAAAUCUGAUAAAAAAUUCGAUGAUGAUGAUCAUAAUGCCGGUAGCGGUGGUGGUGGUGGUGGUUAUAGUGCUAAUGAAAAUUAUCAUCAUUACUACCAUCAUCAUCAUCAUCAUCAGCAACAUAUUGGCUAUCAACAACAUCGGCAAACAUCACCGUAUACUAAUAAAGGACAAUAUUUUGAUGAUAGCCAAUCAAAACAUACUAGUAAUAGUAACAAUGAAAAUACUAUCAGUGGUAGACAGCAAAAUAAUUCGAAUAGUCCAAGAAAAUUUAUUCAAAGACAACGAAUCAAAACAUUAUCUGAUAGUAAAGAAUCAUCAACUUCAACAAUAUCAUCACAAAAUCAUCAUGCUCAAACGAGUAGAAAUUCAAGUAGUGAAUCUAAUAAUAUUGUUGUUGGUGAAGAGGUUGAUUCAAAAAAUAUAAUUUCAGAAGAAGAUGAUGAUGAUGAAGAGCAACAAGAAUCAUCCGUUCGACAGCUACAACAGAUACUUCCAUCACCACCACCAAGACGAAUUUUAGUGAAACCCAAUAAUGCCAUUGUCAAACAUAUCGUUGAUACUAAAAAAGAAAGUGAAGAAGAUGUCAAAGAUCAAAGUGAUGAAUCAGAAGAAGGUGAUGAUGAUGAUGAUGAUGAAGAAACCAAAGUGAAAGUAGUUUUAAAAGUGAAAAACAAUGUUAUCAUCAAUCAUCGUCAUCAUAAUCGUGAUCAUCAACAACAUCGAACAUCAAGGAUUGAUGGUGAAGAGGUGAAUGGAAAUAUUCCACCCUUAUCAUCAUCAUCAUCCGCAUCGACGAAAAAAAUCGAAAUGAAUACAAACAAAUCAAAUUGUAAUCAAAAUCCUUCGUCAAUAUUGACGUCGAUCAAAUCCUUAUCCAUCAAUACUACAUCAUCUAAUCAAAACAACAUUAGCAAUAAUUCAAUUUGGUCAUACACAUCAAAUGGUAAUGUCGUAUCACGAGCAAAUAUUAUCAUAAGACAACCAAAAAAUAAUAAUAGUCAUUUUAAUCAAUCGCAACAACAAAAGCAUGAUUGUGAUCAACAAUUUCAUAGUACGAAUAAUUAUCAUCAUCAAGGAAAUAAAAAUAAAAAUAAUGAUGAUAAUAAACAAUCUCGAUCAUCCGGUUCAUCUAGUAGCUAUGUAUACUAUUAUAAGAGCGAUAGUAAGAAUUCAAGUAUGGCUAUCAACAAUAACAAUAUUGGUGAUAAUGAACAACAAAAUGGUAAAAUUUCAUUGUUAACAAAUAGAUCAUCAUCGUCAUCAUCAACAUCAUCGUUGAAACAUUUAUCCAAUAAUGUCGUUGUUGGCGGUGCUGGUUCCAUCAGUUAUUCAAGUAUUAAUAAUAAUCAUCAUCAAAUUUAUAAUCAACAAAAUGAACGAUUAUCAACUUCAAGAUAUGAUGAUUGUCUAAGCCAUCAGCAACUAUCGAAUCGAGAUUGUGUUCCGAUGUCUCAAGGUGAAAGUAGUAAUAGUAAUAGUUCGGUGACGUCAAACACGACUAGCUCAACAUCUUCCUCUUCAUCUUCAUCAUCAUCAUCGACCAGUCAAGAUUCUUCAAAUGUUGAUAAUAAUACUGGUGAUAUGGCCGGUAAUCAUGUGCCUGGAGGUGCUAAUUGUUUUAAACGAAUUCCGUUAACCGGACGUGAUAAUAAUAAUGAUGAUAUCAUGGUGGAUAUUAGUGGCAGUCAUAAUAGUAGUCAGACAACAAAUGGAUUAGAAACACCAUCCGGUACACCACCACCAUUAGUCGAAGUGGUUUCAGUACGCCGGAAACGUUUUUUUAUUAAAUAAAAAUGCAUAAAAAACCUUUAUCCAUUCUUCUAUGGAUGAAGAAAAAUUUUUGGCCAAAAAACAGAAAUUUGAAUCAUUUUUUUCCUUCAAAAAAAAUUAUCCCACAAAUACUGUGUCAAUAUCAUACAAUCAAAAAAUUAUCGAUUUAUCAAUCACAAAAUAAUGAUUCAACAACAAUCUAUUAAAAUUAGUGAAAUUAGAGAAAAAUUGUUGUUGAACAAAAAAAAUUUCUGUGAAAACUAAGAAAAAACUCCGAAACCAAUCCACAAACACACCUAACCAUUGAAAUUAUUUGUGCAAAUGUUCAUUAUGAAUCUCCCACAACAACAACAACAACAACAAAUAAAAGAAAUUCA